CCGGACCCCUUUUGAGGGCCCGGCUUGUUGGUCCCCUCUGACGAGGAGCCCAGAAAGGUUUUGUUAGAAGAUUCCAUACAAUUCCCACGAGUAGUGCGGAAAUGCGGUCUCACCUGGGCAGAGCCGCUUGCCCAGGGCUUGGCUGCCAGCCCCUUCCCGAAGGAAAGGAGCCACCACUCGGAGGUCGCCCGGUAUCCGAGGGGCACCGUUAUCGACACUGCACCCCAGUGCCACGCAGUCCUCGGCACGGUCGCUAACACCUUGACUUGGGAGGUUGGUCCGCGGCGACGACCUUCGUCGCUACCAGUCUGGGUUUUAGCCCCGACGAGCCACUUAUAAUCGUCACUACCCACACCGAAGCACGAGUCACGUACGAUCAUUCAAGUGUCUGUAUGGGCUUUCCCCUAUCCGCCACCCGGGGACGCGCCCGAUGGGUGCCUAACCACACGGGAAUCCACCAUUAAAACGGCAAUGCCAUUUCUUGGUAUUACCACAGAUUUAAACAGUAUUACAAUAUACAAUAACACGGAAAAAUAUUUAAUUUGGUGGUUUGGUCAUUUAGCUUCGUCCAUAACGCGUUAUGUGCGUUCUUUUCGUUCAUUGAGCGUUUUCGAUAUUUGUGCGUAACAUAUACAUAAACAAAUGUACCUAAUAUAAAUAACAAGCUUGAGAAAUAAACAAGUAGGUAGCCAAUUUGAAGGUAAACGACUGUGUUGCGACAGUGUGCCCGAAUUUCACUAACGUUCGUUUCCUUUUUCCCAAUCUUGGCGUGAACAAUGUGAUUAGAUUGCCGCAUAUUUUUUAUUUUGUACGUAGACACUAUCUCGUGACUUACAUAAUUCUAUUAAUAGAAGCAGAGAAUCUGAAACAGCGCGUGUAACACAUGGCCUUUAGCCUUGUAAAGUAAGAAAUGGUAAAAAUGAAAGUGUUUAUUAUGCUGUUCUUGAUGGCCCAGUGCGGCGAUGGUGCCAAAAUUUUAGGGGUCAUGCCCAGCCCGUCGUACAGCCACCAAGUAGUCUUCCAGCCUCUUUGGAGGGAGUUGUCUUUACGCGGCCACCAGGUAACCAUACUGACAACCGAUCCCAUCCGGGACCCUUCGCUUGUAAAUUUGACAGAGAUCGAUCUGCACUUUGUAUACGAGAUUUGGAACACAAAAAUUGCGAAUUUUAUGAGUUCGUUAAAUGGGCUUCAACUGUACCAUUACGCAUUUACCGCGUUAAUAACGGUUGCAGACGCAGAGCUUUCACAUCCCGAUGUGCAGAAGUUGCUCAAAGACGAGGACGCUCACUUCGACCUGGUGAUCGUGGAGUUCUUUCUACCGUCUAUGUCAAUGUUCGCACGCAAAUUCAACUGCCCCCUAAUUGGCGUGGUCUCUAUGGAUCUACCAAACUUUAGACACAGAUUGGUGGGCAAUCCUAAUCAUCCCGUUCUCUACCCGGAUUUUUUCCUUCCACUUUCAGAUGAGUUGACAUUCUUCGAGCGACUGUUCAGUGUGCUAUUUUCAUUUGCAACGGACAUGUACACCUACUUUUACCUAAACGGGGUCGAGCAAGCUGUUAUUAACAAGCACUUUGGCGAAGAUUCCCCCGAGAUCAGCGAAUUGGCGAAAAACACGAGCAUUCUGCUUAUGAACACGAGCCCCACCUUUCACCAAGUAAGACCCAUAAUGCCAUCGGUUAUUCAAAUGGGAGGGGGGCUACAUCGCGCAUCUGUUAAACCAUUACCAAAGCACUUACAAGUGAUCCUAGAUAAAGCAGUGCAGGGAUUCAUAUAUUUUAGCCUGGGCACCAACGUGAAAAGCCAACUUCUUUUGCAAGAUUUCCAGAACGUUCUUCUCGAGACCUUUGCAGAACUUCCCUACUUGGUGCUGUGGAAGAUCGAUUCUGAAAUUGCGAGGAAUAAACCCAACAAUGUGAUCGUUUCGAAAUGGUGGCCCCAACAAAGCAUUCUCAGACAUCCCAAUAUAAAACUCUUCAUAACGCAAGGCGGCCUGCAAUCUGUGGAAGAGGGAAUUUACGACAACGUUCCAAUGAUUGUCAUACCUUUUCUGGGCGAUCAACCUUUUAAUGGCAAAAAGGUCGAAGAUAAAGGUUUCGGACUCACUUUCGAAUACAGUACUUUGACCAAACCAAAAUUUAAAGCCGCCAUUCUGGAAGUAAUCAACAACCCGAAAUACCGGGAAAGUAUUCGAGAAAUGACGGAGGUCGCAAAAGAUUUGCCGAUGGACCCCUUGGAACAGGCGGUCUGGUGGACGGAGUAUGUGAUCAGGCACAAAGGAGCAAAACAUAUGAAAAGUCGAUCCGUAAAUGUGCCUUACUAUCAGUAUUUUCUCUUGGACAUUGUGGCUUUCUUGCUUGCAUUUAUUAUACUUCUAUUCUUUUUGCUACGAUUCAUUUUUCGUAGAUUGUGCAGUCGGCUAUUUACUAAAACGAAGGGGCAAGGUAAACGGAAAAGAGAUUAAUAGCAGUUUUGCAGUUAGUAGUUUAGAGUAAUAUGUGAUUUGCAUGUAAUUCGUAAAUGUUAUCUUCAUA